AUGUCGCAAGCUCUCCCGGCAAAGGACCAGGCGGUGUUUCGAUCCAUCGUAAAGUUUUAUGAAACCAAGCAGUACAAAAAAGGCUUAAAAGCAGCUGAUUCCAUUUUGAAAAAGCAUCCGGACCAUGGGGAGACCUUGUGCAUGAAGGGUCUCACCGUGAGCUACUUAGACCGGAAAGAGGAAGCUUAUGAGCUCGUGCGCAAGGGCUUGAAAUGCGACUUGAAGAGUCACGUAUGCUGGCAUGCGGUAUAUGGGUUGCUGUACCGACAAGAUCGAGAUUACUUCGAGGCUGUGAAGUGCUACCGACAGGCCUUGCGGAUCGAUCAGGAAAACCUCCAGAUAUUAAGAGAUCUGUCUUUGCUCCAGAUCCACCGGCGCGACGUUCACGGUUUUGCUGAGACCCGCCGCAAAUUGCUGCAGGUCAAGUCGUCCGCCAGAUUGAACUGGGUCGGGUAUGCCAUUGCUGAGCACCUAUGCGAAAACUACGAACUCGCCUGGAAAUGUAUCGACAACUACGAAAACUCGUUCAAGGAGCAGGAUACCACUGCUGCCUCCGACUACGAGAACUCGGAGCUGCAUCUGUACAAGGCAUCCAUCAUGGAAGAAGCUGGUCUGCUGAAGGAGUCGUUGAACUGCCUGAAAGAGAACGAGGGCAAGAUUGUCGACAAGAUCGGCCUGAUGGAAAUGCAGGGGAGGCUUUGCAUGUUCUUGUCCCUGUAUGAAGAAGCAGCCGGAUACUUCAAGAGGCUGGUCGACAUCAACACUGAGCAUCACGUCUAUGCUUUAGCAUACAUGGCUUCCCAGCCACAGUUCAGCUCCUUCUGGCCUCCGCUGCCAGCCCCGACGACGCCCGACGAGCAUAGCGACCUUUGCAACGGGACUGCUGCGUCGAAACAAGAGCUGCCGAAAAGCAUUCUGUCCUUCCCAUCAACGCUGCAUCCAGAAGGUAUGCCUGUGUUUGGCUGGCUGCCACCAAAGCAUGCGCUCAAACCGCAGCGCAGACUGAUAAUCGGUCGGAAGCAGCAUAAGCGACGGGUUGACACGCUCGAACCGGCCGAACCCCUGACCGAGCAGCAAGAGGACGAGGUGAUCCAGUUCUUUGAGGGCUUGAAAGACGCGUAUCCAAAGUCGGACUCAUUGAAAAGGCUGCCCCUCUUCUUCCUGACGGGACAGAGGUUCAAGCGCAAGCUAGAUGAGUACCUGCGAAGCAGGCUCCGAAAAGGUGUUCCAUCACUCUUCCGCACCAUGCGCUCUUAUUAUUUCACGCCCGGAAAGCCAGAGCUGAUCGAAGAGCUGCUGCUGCAGUACGUGCGCUGCUUGAAAGAUGAGAAGGUGUCAUGGUUCGGACCACUUACCGGGGAGCAGGCAGAGCCACCCGAGGUCAGCGAUGAAGAGCCACCGUCAGCUCUGCUUUUCACCCUCAUGACGGUCGCUGAACAUUUCGACUUCAUGGGCGAGACCCACAAGGCUCUGGAGUAUGUGAACGAAGCAAUCGCGCACACCCCGACUUUGGUGGAGGUCUACGCAUGCAAGGCCCGAAUCUACAAGCAUGCAGGCGACCUGGUAAAUUCGGCGCAGUGCUACGAGGAGGUACGGCAAAUGGAUUUGGCUGACCGGUACUUGAACACUCAAUGCGUCAGGGCCCUUCUUCGGGUCGACGAUACUCAAGGCGGCAUGGAGAAGGCCUUGCUGUUCUCGAAAGAGCCUGACUCACAGGAGGCCGCAAAUCUACAUGACAUGCAGUGCAUGUGGUAUGAGUCUGCUGUCGGUCGCAGCUACAAGCGGCAAAAGAAGUAUGGAAAGGCAUUGAAGCAGCUCGGAGCUUGGCAAGUGCUUCAUAGUGGAUCUAGAGUGAGCCUUACCUUCAAGCACUUCCAUGACAUUGCUGAGGACCAGUUCGAUUUUCACAACUAUUGCUUGCGGAAAACUACGCUUAAGGCGUAUGUCGCAAUGCUGCGAAUGCAAGAGCGGUUGUAUUCGCACAGAUUCUAUCGUCGUGCUGCGAAGGACGCCAUCAACAUUUACCUCGAGCUGUUUGCAUCUGCCCCAGAUGGAACGGUGCAGAAAGUCUUGGAUGAAUGUUUCGACCGACUCAUCGUGCUGCGCUCUAGGCGCCUCUGCGAGUGCAAGCCCCGGCUGUUGCAGAAAGGUGCAGAGGCAGAGCUGAGCGCUGAGGAGAAAAAGAAGCUGAAGCACAAGAAGAAGCGAGAGGCGCAGAAGGAGGCGCAGAAGGUCAGCGAGAAGCCGUCGACAGGUAAGCAGAAGAAGGUCGAUGAUGAUCCGGACGGAGAGAAGCUCUUGCAGCAAGACGCCAUGGAACAGGCCAACAAGAUUGUUCGCAACUUGGUGCAGCACAGUUCUCUGGAUGCAGCGACCCAUGUGCUGACCUACGAAGUGUUCAGCCGGCAAGGGAAAGUCAUCCACUGCUUGCAGGCCCUUAGAAAGCUAUGGGAACUUGCUGGGUAUGACAACCAUCACUACAAGCUGAUAGCCCCGCUUGCCAACUUCUGCUUCAAGCAGGAUCUGGAGAACAGUUCUGUCCCCGCAGUGGUUCGCGAAGUGGCCCUCGCGGAAAUUGCUCCGAUCUUGACCGGCCAAGACGGUGCAGAACCCUUCAGCACUGUGUCAGACAUGAGACAGGCAGCAUCAAAGCUCGUCGAUGCUGUAGAGCGUCGAAUAAAGGCGGAGUCCAAGGAUCUCUUCCUCGUGGAGGUGCUCUACGGUCUGAAGUGCCUGAGAAGUGCGGGCAGAGACUGCAAGGCCUUGUUGGAGGCAUGGACACCUCCUGGAGUCCUUUGCUUGAAGGAGAGCAAGAAGCUUCUCGAUUACUUGGCACAAGAGUUCGGCAAGGACUCUACUGCUUGGCGGCGGCUGCGGCAGCGAUGCCUGGAGUUUUUCCCCUUGAUGGUCAUUCCGUCUGACUGA